AUGGCAUUCUUACUGUUUUUUAUUGCCUUCCUUGCAUUAGGAAGUACUUUGGAUUUUUUAUUUGUUUUUGACAAAAAAAGCAAUUUAAACAUCACAAAAAUUGAAUUUGCCCUUCUCUCAAAGCUAGGAUCAGAAAAAAAAAACUUAGUUUUAUGAACAGAAAUAGAAUCGGCAAGCCAAAUCAUCCAAAAUAGCAGAAGUCAAUUGUCAAUUUUUGACUUGACAUCCACAGGCCAGUCCCAUUAUGCGCUCUCACUAAUGGCAAGCACUUACAAUCUAGCCCAUUUUAUUUUUGAUGACAUGAAGGCAAGCUAUUCCCCGUGGACUUUCUCGUUGAGUCAUGAGAAAAGCUUAUACACUCAAGCAGUAAUAAGCAUCCUUGACAAAUUUAACUGAACGAAGGGAGUUUUCUUUUUAAGCCAAGAGAAUAUUUAUUUAGAAAACGCAUUAAACAGCCUUUUUCCGAAUAAUUUGACAUUUUUUGUUACACAAAGAGAUUCAAUGAUAGCAGAACUUAUAAAUAAAGAAGUUUUUAGGCUAGGCUCUUAUCUGUAUUUUAUGUUUGUAGCACCCGAAACAGCUCAAAAAAUAACUAAAAGUUUGAAGCAGGCAAAAUUACUUAAUUAUGGAAGUUCAAUUCUUAUGAACCAUGAAAGCAGUUUCAAUGUAACUAUUGAUGGAUCAUUAAUAAUAACAGAAAAAGGCCAGGAGAAAACGAGGUCAUAUGAAGAAUUUAUAUCUACUCACAUUUAUGGCCUCAUUAGAAUACUGUCCUUUAGCACUAGUUUUGAGGAACAACAAUUUGACAUAAAGCAAAAAAUGGACGAACUAUGUCCCAGUCAUUAUUGUACAACUUCAUUUAACCUUUUAAAUGUAAGAAACGGGUCCAGAAUUAUAAUAAACGAUACAUCGGCAAGCCAUUUUAAUAACAUCACGUUUUUAGGCAAUAACUCAUUAAUAAUCCCAUCGGCUCAAAAAAAAAUCAUUGAAAUAUCAAUGAAUUCUGGAGUGAGCAAUCCAACCGGCAUUCCUCCAUAUACUCACAAUACUAUUGAGUUCAAAGGAGUUUUUCUUGGGAUUUCACUUAUAAAUGAUCAGAAAGAAGGCAUUCUGCCUAAUUAUUACCUGCAGGGGAAUGAGCUUGACUGCGGAGCAAAUUCAUUAAACGCGACCUUCCAAUUCAACUGCCUUAAGGCCAAUAUAAAUCGUAUAGGCCAAUUUUUUAUACCUCCAAAUAGUACCCCUGUUUUACUAGGAUUUAUUUCAAAUUUUAAGAAAUUAAAUGUGUCAAAGCCCAUAGUCGCCGGAAGAAUAGGGUCAAGCUCUGUAUCUUCACCCAAGACUUAUCCGUUGUUUGGAAGGGUCAGCUUUGAUGCUACUUAUUUGGCAUCAAUGGCAGCCAAAAUGUUCUAUACUUUAGGGUGAAAAACUUGUGCUUUGAUAUAUCAAACUGACUCAUUUACCCUUGACUGGGUCAAAAGUUUUAUUGCCUCAGCUAAAGAGCAUGAAGUUGAUAUUAUUAAUAAUCCAGAUCUCAGAUCUUUCCCUGCUAACACCUUUUAUGACACUUUAAAAUCAAAUUACUCACUCCCCCCCUCCGUGAGUGAGCAAAACCAUUAGAAAAAUCCCUAUUUUUUGCCCAAAAACCCACCCUCCGCGAGUGAACAAAAAUUUUUUUAAUAGAAAAAAUUUUUAUGGAAAAAAAAAAUUGAUAUAUAAAUGAUAAUUAUUAUAAUGAAAUCUAGAGCUAACUCUGUUUAAUUUCAAACGAAUUGCUUUUUAAAGCAUAAAUUUUAUAAAUUAAAUUAAUAUUUGCUUUCCAAUUUUUACGAAUUAGAUUUUUUUUAAUUUCGAAAAAACAUAUUUUUUUAUAAAAUUUAUAUAUAAAUUUGUUUAAAAAAAACAAAUUAACCUCCCUCCAUGAGUGAACAAAAUUUUUGUUCACUCACGGAGGGGGGGGAGUCAGCAGUUUUUAAAGAAGCAAUUAGUUGCAAUGCACGCCUCAUAAUAUGGGCUGUUUUUUCGAACAUUUCUCCAGAUGGCAUGAAGAUGUUCUAUGAACUUGGGAUGAGAAAUGGGGACUUAUUGAUUUAUUAUGCGAUCCCUGGGACUAUAUCGUCAAUCUAUGCUCCUGAAACUAGGAAUAGGGACAUUUUAAUAGAAAUUAGUACACCUUCAAUAGCAUUUGAACAGCCCACAUAUAUAGGUGAUGUCGGGAAUAUGGUUGCUGAUUUAUUGGAAACAAGAUAUGGAAUUGAUAAAAAUGCCCAAAUAACGACUCCAUGCUUGCUGUUUGAUGCUUUGAAUUUAGGAGGAUAUUCACUUGAUUUUAUGGUAAAUAGAGGUCAAGAUUACACCAAUGGCACUCUAUUGAUGUCAACUAUUAGAAAACAAAGAUUUCAGGGAUGUUCUGGAAAUGUUCGAAUUGGGGAUCAAACUAAUAAUAGAAUUGUUGAGUUCGCAGUUUUGCAGAAUGGAUAUAUAGAUCCAACCACUGGAAAAAUUCAGAUCAGCAAUAAUGCAUAUUUUAAGCCAAUAGGCACUACCAUAUUACAAAUGUUUAAACCUGUAUUGUAUCCUGGCAACACAACAAUAUUUCCUGGCCAAUAUCGAGUUGUUGAUGGAAAGUGUCCUUUCCCUGAUGAGUUAGUUAGAACUUUUGAUAAAGGCAGAUAUUUGGUUUCUGGUAUUUGUAUUGCAAUUGGACUCACAACAGGAGUGAUUACAUUUUAUAUAUGAAGAAAAUGGUGGAACAUUAAAGUCGAAGGAUUAGAAAAAGAGCAAGAAAUGUCUGUCCAAGAUUUUAUUAUGGCAGCUACUAUUGUGAUAGAGUUUUUCCAACUUUUAGCUAUGGGGCCGGACAUAAGUGCAAUCAGUUCUUUAUUGUCGGAUAUAGGAAUAGCACUUUCUUUGGACCUAGAUAAAAUUAUAAGCGUCACUCAAGGCGUUUUUUGGAUUUUCCUUGAUAUAAUUUUUUUUUUAGUUGCAAUAUGAUUUAUUCUGUCCUUAAUUGUCUUACUUAGGAUUGAUGAAAAGUUUCCCGAUUUCCAGCUAUUUAGAAUUUUAGAUUGGUUGGCUAAUAUCCUGAUGCCAAUUAUAGGUAAUUUAAUGUUUAUCCCAGUUAUAUCAGUACUAUUAGACGUUUUUGUAUGUGACGAAUCAAUAGGAAGUAAUUUUACCGAUAGCUUUAUGAUUAAAGAUUGCUACCAAUUUUGCUGAAAAGGAGAUCAUAUUAUAUAUGCUACAAUUUCUUUAUUGUGCCUUAUCAUUUAUGAGCCUUUAGCAGUAUUUUGUAGGCCACUAUGGCAAGAAAUAGAGCAUCUAGUUCAUGUGAAAUAUACUCCUUCCUACUUAAUGGCCAAAACUGUUUUUCAGGUGAUUCUUGUCCUUAUGAAUAAAACUGUAAAAAGAGCUCAAGAUGUCGCUCAUGGAGUUUUGUUUACGGUUGUGGUAGUAUUUUUUAUAAUUUUUAGUUUUUGGCAUAAAGCUUAUAAUUAUCCAAGAUUCAGCUGGUGGCUUUCUCUAAGUUUAAUUGCUGUGUGCUAUACUUCGCUAUUAGCAACUAUUAAUAUUGGAGUUUAUAAUAGCUCAAGUCCUGCUUGACUAAUUAUAUUAGCUUUUGGAUGGGCGGUAAUUGGACUCACAGGUAUUUUAGUGCAGAGGAAAAAAUAUCCAAGUAUGCUAUAUAGAAAGAAAGUCAAGGAUACAAGCACGCUAUUUAGAUUUGCAUUUACAUUCAGUCGUAAGAGCAAUAAAAUCACCCCAGAAUUUUAUUCAUCGAAUAAAGAUAGCAUAUCUAAAUAA